GCUUCCGGUUUCCCGCGGAGUCGGCCGACUUCCGGCGCCGCCGCCCGGUGGUCGUGGGUGCGCCCCGGAGCCGGUCGCCGUCGGAACUUUUGGGGCGUGGAGUCGGGAUCGAGAUGCCCACGACCACAGAAGCGCUUAUGGACCGUACGCAGGGCUGUGUCACCUUUGAGGACGUGGCCGUUUACUUCUCCCAGGAGGAGUGGGGGCUCCUCGAUGAGGCUCAGAGGCUGCUGUACCUUCACGUGAUGCUGGAGAACUUUGCACUUGUAACCUCUCUGGUGUGUUGGCAUGAAACAGAGGAUGAAGAGACACCUCCUGUGCCAAGGGUUUCUGUAGAAGCAGCAUCAUACAUCAGCACUCCAAAACCAAGUCUGUCCUCCCAAAAGACUCACCCCUGUGACAUCUGCAUUCUAGUCCUCAAGAACAUUUUGCAUCUGGAUGAUCUACCUGGACAGAAACCAUACUUUACUGGGACCUGUGAAAACCUUCACAAGGACCAGAAGUAUCACAGUACAGAGAAUACAUUAAAAAGAGAAGUGAAUAGUGCCUCAUUUGUGAAGAGAUGCAUAUUCCAUGUGUCAGGGAAUCCCUUCCUCGGUAGGAAGACUGGAGAGAACUUACCUGCUAAGUGGAGUAUUCUUCAAUCCCAGGCCAUUUCCAAAGGUGAGAAGCCAAACACAGUCAGAAAGUGUGAGGAGGCCUUUCACUGUGGAGAAAAUCAUUGUAAGUCAGGAGCAUGCAGACAAACUUCCAGCCACAAACACACACUUGUUCACCACCCAGGAGUUUGUACCGGAAAAGGGGUUUAUGAUGCUAGCAAAUGUGGAGCAACCUUCCAAGAGAAGUACUCACUUGUUCCAUUCCAGAGAGUCCAUGCUGGAGAAAGGCCUUAUGAAUGCAGUGAAUGUGGAAAAUCUUUUAGCCAAAAAGCCACUCUUAUUACACAUCAGAGAGUUCAUACUGGAGAAAAACCAUACAAGUGUGGCGAAUGUGGAAAAUCUUUUAGUCAAAGCUCAAACCUCAUUGAACACUGCAGAGUUCACACUGGAGAAAGGCCUUAUGAGUGUGAGGAAUGUGGGAAAGCCUUUGGGUGCAAAUCUAACCUUGUUCGACAUCAGAGAACUCAUACAGGAGAAAAACCAUAUGAAUGUGGCCAAUGUGGGAAAUUCUUUAGACAGAGCUUUAGCCUUGUUGAACAUCAGAGCAUUCAUACUGCAGCGAGGCCUUAUGAGUGUAGCCAGUGUGAAAAAUCCUUUAGUCAGAAAGCUACUCUCAUUAUACAUCAGAGAGUUCACACUGGAGAAAGGCCAUAUAAGUGUGGGGAAUGUGGAAAAUCCUUUAGUCAAAGCUCCAACCUUAUUGAACACUGCAGAAUUCACACUGGAGAGAGGCCUUAUGAAUGUGGGGAAUGUGGAAAAUCCUUUAGUCAAAGAGCCACCCUCAUUAGACACCAGAGAAUUCACACUGGAGAAAGGCCUUAUGAGUGUAGGGAAUGUGGCAAAUUCUUUAGACAGAAUUUUAGCCUCAUUGAACACCGUAGAAUUCACACUACAACAAAGAUCUAUGAGUGUGGCCAGUGUGGGAAAUCUUUUAGCCAAAGGGCCACCCUUAUUAGACAUCAAAGAGUUCACACUGGAGAAAGGCCUUAUGAAUGUGGGGAAUGUGGGAAGUCUUUUGGGUAUAAAUCCAAACUUGAUCGACACCAGAGAACUCACACUGGAGAAAGACCUUAUGAGUGUGCUGAAUGUGGGAAGUUCUUUAGGCAAAGCUACAGCCUCGUUGAACACCAGAGAGUUCACACUAGAGCAAGACCUUAUGAGUGUGGCCAGUGUGCAAAAUCUUUUAGUCGAAGAGCUGCCCUGGUAAAACAUCAGAGAGUUCAUACUGGGGAAAGGCCGUAUAAGUGUGGUGAAUGUGGGAAAACCUUUAGUCGGAGCACUAGCCUUAUUCAACACUGCAGAAUCCACACUGGAGAAAGGCCAUAUGAGUGUGAUCAGUGUGGGAAAUCUUUUAGGCAGAAGUCUGUCCUAAUUCAACAUCAGGUAGUUCACACUGGAGAAAGGCCUUAUGAAUGCAGCAAGUGUGGGAAAUCUUUUAGCCAACGCUCAAGCUUCUUUCAACACCAAAAAUGUCACACCAUGGGAAUGCUUCACAGAGGCAGCAGAUGUGGGAAAUCCCUCAUCCCCAGGUCUUCUGUUGCUUAGUUUCUGAAAGCCCACACAAGGCCUUAGACCUGCAAAUAAAUGUGCUGUCUUUGCUCACUGUAACAGAAUUUUUAUGAAGAGGCCACCUACUUAAAGAAGGACCAUUUGUAUUUGCAAGCAUCCAGAGGGGUGAAGUACCCUGUGAGUUCAAGCACAUGAGGACAGGAGCUGCUCUGAACAUUUUAGAUUGCUGCUGCCCUCACCAAAGUUAAAUCAUUGCCACGUUCUCACAGAAGCUAUCUCCCAUCUAGCCCUUGCACAGUGUGCCCCAGGCACCUUUGCAUACAGACCCAGAUGCCUGUGUUCUCCCCAUUUCCUAGAGGAAUCUCCAAUAACCUGACCCCUCACUGUUGUGUUUCUGUGUUUUGGUUAAGAGGACCCAAACUGCAGACUUGCUUCCCCUUCAUUAAAUUAUUGAUCUCAUGUGAAACUAGCAGUUGAUGUUUGCUAAUUUCAAAUUACUAACCAGUAACUUCCUGUUGAGCAUUGCUCUGAUCUGUGGACUAAUAAAGGCCUUACUGUUUGUUCUACUUUUAAUUGGGUUCUGUUCACAGCCUUGGUGGAUAGAAUAUGGAUGUGUCCUGUUUGUAUUAAAAGUUGGACAGCUUUUAUGGGACCCUUGCAUUUUUUUAAUCAGUAAAGAAAUUAAUGGCAGAGAGUUCUCAUUCCAUUUUGUUUAACUUGCAUUACUACCCAAGACCCCCAUUGGAACAGUCAAGGCUUUGUGUCUUAGUUUGAGGCCUCAAUGCUCCUGAGUUUGUUUUAGACCAGAGAUCACC